UCCAUGAGAUUUCCAUUGUUGGGAAUAUUGACCGGAUGUGUUUCUACUACUACUAAUACCACAGUACUUUGUUUCAAAAUGUGGAAAUUUCGAGCUACACAAUGCUAACAUUUCUGUUAUAUCUUUUUUUCUAUUAUAGGUUAUGGAGAGAUAUAUCCUGUUACCUUGCCUGGUAAAGUGGUAUGUGUAAUUUAUGCCAUGGUAGGCAUCCCUCUCAUGCUUCUGGUCAUCCUAGAUGUGGGAGACUUUCUUGCUAUGCUCAUGACCAGAGCCUAUAUCCAUAUUCACAGACUUUUCAAACUUCUCUGCUCCCACACCUGGUCACCACUGAAGGAUCGUAAAAGAGCAGUGGACAGGAGCCAGUGGGCACUAGAGGAUGGUACGUUUGUUUACAGCCAUGACGUUGUGAUUCAGGAACCACUUGACAUUAGACAUGUGCUGCACAGCCAAGUGGAUGUUCGGCACAAAUCCAUCCAACUUGAAAACAACAAGGAGAUAUUUGAGAAGAUUCUGGCCAGGGAAAAUCUACUGAGAAAGGGACCACUGCUCAGAACUUUUUCCUGCCCAGAACUGAAUCGAUUGCCACCACCACCAAAAGGGUACGUCAUAUGGGACUUUACAGGAUUAGGUGAUGGAAUGGAAAUGUUGGAUGUGCCCUUUGUGCUCAUUCUUUUGAUCGUCUUUGCCUACAUUUUCUUUGUUGGUUUGAUUCUGCCAAUAUGGGAAACUGAAUUCAAGGGCUUUGACCCUUAUUACUUCUGCUUCAUUACCCUAACCACCAUUGGAUUUGGUGAUAUUGUACCUAAUCAUCCUAAGUUUUUCAUGCUCACCUCACUGUUCAUCAUUGCUGGCAUGGCCAUUAUGUCCAUGGCUUUUAAGCUUAGUCAAACCCGAAUUGUGAGUUUCUAUCAACACUUCAUUAAGGUUGUUAGCUUUAGAGCAUGUUCAAAUUUUCGAAAGUGAGAAGUUGAAAACAUAAAAAUAUGAACCAAUGUGUACUUUGUAGUGGCUAUCUGGUGAUACAAGCAUGAACAAAGUUUGAAAUGUGCAUGUGCCAAAUGCUUUUUCCCAGUAAAGAUAGGCGGUAUUGAACUAAAGACAGAAUCUUUAGGUGCUGCCUAUACUGUAGUGUUUUUAUAGAUACAGCAUUAUGCCUGUGGUGGGCCACUGGUUAACCUGCAUCGAUUGUCCUUUAUUCUAAGCAGCAUAGGAUGGACACAAAUGUGUGGUACUUGCUUGUUAAUGGUUACUAUUUUUUCAUAUUCACCGCAACAUCAAAUAAACGUUUUAAUUGUAAAAUGUGCUUGUUGAUAUGUUGGUAUUACCAUAUUAAUGUUAAAUAACAUAAUAAUUA